GAGGCCGCCUUCCCCUCGGGACUGAGGUCGGGGCCACCCAGGCCCUUCCCUCCGGUUCGGCCCCGGCCCCGGCAUGGCUGGGAUCAUCAAGAAGCAGAUCCUGAAGCACCUGUCCCGGUUUACUAAGAAUUUGUCUCCUGACAAAAUCAACCUGAGUACUCUGAAAGGGGAGGGCCAACUGACCAACCUGGAGCUGGAUGAAGAGGUUCUGCAAAAUGUACUAGAACUUCCCACAUGGUUAGCUAUCACUCGGGUCUUCUGCAAUAAGGCCUCCAUCAGGAUCCAAUGGACAAAGCUGAAGACACACCCAAUCUGUUUGUGUCUGGAUAAAGUAGAAGUAGAGAUGAGAACAUGUGAAGAGCCUCGGCCCCCCAAUGGACAGUCUCCCAUUGCCCUGGCUUCAGGACAGAGUGAGUACGGCUUUGCUGAGAAGGUGGUAGAAGGAAUGUUCAUUAUCAUUAAUUCUAUCACCAUCAAGAUUCACUCCAAGGCCUUUCAUGCUUCUUUCGAGUUGUGGCAACUCCAGGGCUACAGUGUUAACCCUAAUUGGCAGCAGAGUGACCUCCGCCUCACCCGCAUCACCGACCCCCACCGAGGAGAGGUUCUGACAUUUAAGGAGAUAACGUGGCAGACUCUUCGGAUUGAGGCAGACGCCACAGACAAUGGUGAUCAAGACCCAGUCACUACUCCACUGAGGCUCAUUACCAACCAGGGCAGGAUCCAAAUAGCCCUCAAGAGGAGAACCAAAGACUGCAAUGUGAUAGCCUCCAAGUUGAUGUUCCUGCUGGAUGACCUCCUGUGGGUACUGACUGAUUCGCAGCUCAAGGCCAUGAUGAAGUAUGCAGAGUCUUUGAGUGAGGCCAUGGAGAAGUCAGCUCUACAGAGAAAGAGCUUGGCACCUGAGCCCAUACAAAGUACUUCACCUGCUGCUCCUAGUGCCCAUCAUUCUUGGAGCCAGACAUUUGGUAGUGUUCAGAGCAAUGUUAGCAACAGCCGUAUCAGCCAGUACUUUGAGAAGUUUGAUGUGAAGGAAUCAUCUUAUCAUCUGCUUAUUUCACGCUUGGAUCUACACAUUUGUGAUGACAGCCAGUCCCAGGAACCAGGGGACCCAACAAACAGAGUGAUGGGUGGUGCCAUGCAACUUACUUUCCGGAAAAUGGCCUUUGACUACUAUCCUUUCCACUGGGCAGGAGAGAAUUGUAGGCACUGGGUAAGACACUGUGAUGCCAUGGAGACCCGAGGCCAAUGGGCUCAGAAGCUAGUGACAGAAUUUCAAAGCAAGAUAGAAAAAUGGAAUGAAGAGUCAGAUCUGAAAUCUUCCUUGCAUCUGGGGACAGACUUACCUUUCCACAAGAAGUCAGGAUCUGUCUCCAGUCCCCUGAAGACCCCUCUAGAGAAGAGCUCAUUACCCAGCUGCCAGGCUGUCCCCACUCCACUUUGGCCACCUGCCUGGAACCGAUUGCGCUCUAGUUGUUUGGUGGUGCGUGUGGAUGACUUGGAUGUGUAUCAGGUUUCUACAGCUGGGCAGCCAAGGAAAAAGCCAUCUACCCUCCUUUCAUGCAGCCGAAAACUCUACAAUCUUCCCACUCAGGUCUCUGCCAUUCAUAUUGAAUUUACAGAGUAUUACUUCCCGGAUAAUCAGGAACUCCCAGUUCCCUGUCCCAAUCUCUAUGUGCAGCUGAAUGGCCUAACCUUUACCCUGGAUCCCAUCAGUUUGCUGUGGGGGAACCUCUUCUUGCUGGAUUUAUAUCGAAGCCUGGAACAGUUCAAGGCCAUCUAUAAACUUGAGCAUUCAAGCCAGCAGGAUGAACAUGUGGAUGUCCUGAUGGACACCUUCCAGUUGAAGUUGAGCCUCCCUCUGGAGAAAAAAGACUUGGCUUCUUUGCAUCGUCCCCAGGCCCUUGUUAUCUCCAUUUCUGCCAUGACUGCCACUAAUACACGCCAUGCCCUGCAUUGUAGUUGUACAGACCUCCAGAACAUCUUUCGUAGCUUUGCUGCUACUGAGUUCUUUCAUUCCAGCUAUUCUCAUUUUCCCAAAGCCCCAGAUGGAUUCAGCCUCCUCCACAUGCUUUUCCUGCAUCAUGCCUUCCAAAUGGACUCCCGUGUUCCUCAGGCCAGUCCUCUCCUUCCUCAGAGGGAUCAGGCCUCCCAAGACCUCUGGUCAAUCUACUUCACCCAAAUAUCCCUGGACUUUGAAGGGACAGAGAACUUUAAAGGACACACGUUGAACUUUGUGGCUCCUUUCCCCUUAUCCAUAUGGGUUUGUCUGCCUCUCUGUUGGCAGCAAGCCCAGGCACGGAAACUGCUAUUGGUCAGGGAGGGAAAAAUGAAGCCAUCGGCCAGUUUUGGCAGUCCUGUCCAGUCUAUGUUCCUUGCCCCAGAGUCUGGGUCUCAUCAGAGGUCAAAGACAGAGUGUGAUCUGAAGAGUCUUUCUGGACUUCCUGAGGUCAUUAAUACUCUGAGAGAAGGGAAUCGAGGUGUGGACAGCAAAGGGCCCACGAUGGAAAUGGAGGCUACGGCAGAUAUCCAUGUGUUGAUACACUCUUCUUCCCGUGUUCGAGUGAGGCUGAACCACUACCAGUAUUUGGCUCUGCUCCGACUGCAGGAGGUACUUCAGCGUCUUCAGGAGCAGUUGGCACAGGACACCCAGGCGAUGACUGGGUCUCCCUUGCCAAGCCGGACAGUUUGCAUAGGGAUCCUGGUCCCUAGUGCUGAGAUAGCGUUACUCAUGCACCCAGCCACUCCAACCGCAGAGGCUGGUUCUGCAGGCUCAGAGACCACUAGCCUCAUAGAUUCAGAGCUGUCUCCUUCAGAGGACAGGGAGCUGAAGUCUGAUGCUUCCUCAGAUAGGGGUCCAUUAAGUCCAACAAAGGUCCUGGAAGACAAUAACAUUGAGAAUUUGGGCACUUUACAGGACAGAACAGAUCUCCCCCAUAGUAAUGGAGUAUUGCUGGACCAGGACCCCUCUUCACAGCUGGGAGACAAAGCCCAUGAAGAGGAGAUCCAUAAAUGCGUGGAAUCCUUACAGACUGAAAAACUGAGCAAAACCCAGAUAUCUAACCUAUCUGGCACACUGCAACAGGUGGUGAGUAGGGACACAGUUCUGAGUGAUCAGGGCGAGGUGAACCCUGUAAAGAACAUUGAGGAAGAGUUGGCCAGUGCUAUACACUUGACCAAGGAUGCAACCAGGGAAGCCCUUCAUGCUACCAUGGACCUCACCAAGGAAGCCAUGUCAUUGACCAAAGAUGCCUUUAGCCUAGGCCGGGAUCGGAUGACCUCUACGAUGCACAAAAUGUUAUUCCUUCCUCCAGCCAACAGGGAGCCCAUGGCCAAGGCGGAGGAGGGAGGAACCUCGGCCAGUGGAGGAGCUGCCAAGCUUCGUUGUUUCUCAAUGAAGAGGACAGUGUCCCAGCAGUCACUCGAUGGAGUCUCUCAGGAUGGUGGUGGCCCUGAAGAUAGGCUUUCAGUGGACAGCGACGGAAGUGAUAGCUUUGUAAUGCUUUUGGAAUCUGAGUCUGGAUUGGAAUUAAUACCCCCAGAACAACUUCCACCAGCAUUGGAUGAUAGUAGUAAUCAAGAGAGCCCUAGAGUAAAUGAUGAUGGCCUAAUAUCUCCAGAGGUGAAUAGCUCAGUUUCACCUAGCAAGAGAGACCCUGUCCUUCAGCCGGUAUCAGUUCUGGUCCUGAAGGUAAGCCAAGUGGCUCUUGGUAUUGAAGCAAGAGAUGAGGACUUCGCUGUGGCCCUGCAGUCAGAGGAACUAACCCUCCAGCAGCCUGGCAUUGUGAGGCUUUGGCAGUUCCUGCAUGAGCAGUGCCCAGAGUCCCCAGCUCAGAAGACUAGCCAAACCAAGCCUGCCAUGGGCCUCCGAUUUGAGGUAGGACCCUGUGCUGCUGUUCACUCUCCCUUGGCUUCAAAGAGUGGUUUCCUUCGCCUCUUGCUCCAUGGUGGCAGUCUGGAAUUGUUGACUUCAGUGCUCACUGGCCUGGGGCCCUUCUUGGAAGAUGAGGAGCCUCCUGUGAUUAUCCCUUUGCAAAUUGAACUGUUGAACAUGAGCAUCACCUUGAAGGAUGAUAGCCCCCCAAUUUACCCCACAUCCCCAGGACCUAUCCCUGUCACUCUGGCUUUGGAGCAUAUUGUGGUGAAGCGGGAUGAUGAUGGCGUCUUCCACAUAGUAGCCGCUGCCCAGGAGAAGCCAUCAUCAGAAGGACCUCAGUAUGACAAAAAGCAGCACUCAGAGGAACAGCUGGUUGGAUUACCUACAGGAAUGCUUUUUGGACAGCAGGUGAAAGAGCUGUCCACCCUACAGAAGGAACUUUUAGCCAUGAAGCAAGCAUUAGCCUGUGCCAAUAAUGACAAAGAGAAGCUUCUACAAGAAAUCAGGAAGUAUAAUCCUCUGUUCCAGCUUUGACAGCAGUAACACCAGCUGCCUCUGCCCCCGGGAAAUAACACCAGCAGCAGCACCACAGAGGGAAGAAAGCUCCAUCUGAUGUGGAAUAUGUCUGUUUGAUUACACUGGAGGGAAAGCAGGAAUUCCUGAAUCUGCCCUUUUGGGGCAUUUUUCAUUCCUGCCAGCGUUCUAGACAAAGACAGGGCAGCUACAUCCAGCCCCAGGGGUGUAGGAACCUUUGUGUGUGGUUCUCACUGUUCUAGUGCCAUUCAUAACCUCUCUAAAGCUCCACUUGCCCAAUGGGCUGGAGUCUUUCUGUGUGUAGGACCAUUUCACCUCCUGGUGUCUUUGCAAAAAUAUUUGCUCCCUCCUUAACAUGAGUUUGUAUAAGGGAGAAGACCUUGCCCCUUCCAAUAUCCUCAGAAUGAACCACCAAAGAUUACAUGUCCCAGAGCUUCCUGUAGCAAAACUGAACCAAUCUGGCCUUGAGCCCCAACUGAGGAAGUUGCAGCUCCACAGGGAGAAGGACAGCAUGGUGAUGGGUGCAGAGGGAUGGAUGGAGCCCAAGAGGAUCCAGAUGUAACACCUUAGGUAUGGUAAGAGAAAGGGACAGCACCCUACCAUUCCUGGGAAAGGAGCUGAGCAUAUUUCAUCUUUGCAUAUACUGCUAUCAGGUUUUUCAGGAAGAUUUGUUAGAUAUAAGAAGAAACCAAACUCAUUGUGGUAAUGCAAUAGUAGUAAACAAGGGGUGUAAUGCCAACAUUGUCUCUUCCUUCUAUAUCAGUUUAUUUAAAACUCAAAACAACAAAAAUGGUAAACCCAGAGCUGCUGAAGGUCUGAUCUGGUUGAAGUGGGAUCCAGAUGAGUGAUAUUCUUGGUUUUGAGCCCUAGUACUCUUGGCCUUCUGAGGAUCUUGGACCUUCUCUACAAUUCCAGUCCCAACCCUCAUCAGUUCUUCCCGUCUCCCACCCUUCUUAUCUAUUCCCCCUGUAGAUGAGAGUGUGACUCAGCAACUAUUCUCUUAAUAUUUACCAGGGUGGAAGCUAAUAGUGUUUUUUAGCUGUCAGUAUAAAUAUCCAACAUGGCCAAGCCUUGCUUCCUUUGUAAUUGUGACUUUUUUUUCUGGGAGGAACAAACCCUUUUGCCCAUGUGUUGCCUCUUCUCCCACAGAAGAACCUGCUUUUCCUCCAUGAUGUGUAGACCCAGGAAGUGUAUCAGUUGGUUAACUGUAACCAGACGAGCUGGUAAAAAUUGAUACUAGAUAGAAUAAUUUAACAGUUUUAUAUCCAUGACUCAUUGGGGAAAGGUUAACAGUCUUUUCUUUAAACAGGAAACUGCUUGACUUAUAGGUAAGUUAGACUUUAAAAAAGUUUGGCAAGGUUCCACACCAAAUUUUUCUAAAGUUACUAUGGAUUGGGGGAAUAUAUAUAUCCUGCCUGGUACAGGCAGAGAGUAUAAGUAGGUUGCUUAUAUAGGUCUUAAGAUUAAUUCAUAUAUGAUAGCCUGCUAAUCAUUUAUCAGGGGAAGUUAGAGCUUUGGGGGUAUACAUCACAACGGGCAAUGUUCUCCCACAAACCAUCCUUUGUAGGAAUUUUGAAACAGACCAAGUGGAGUGGACUUUUGGUCUGACCAAGUGAGCAUUUCUUAUGUUUUUAAGGGGAUUGAAAAAAGAACCAUAAACUUGAAAAUGAGGUUGUUAAACCUCAUGCUCACUUAGAUGGAGUAAAUAUCUCAUAGCUGUGUUUUUUUUUCCUUUCCCUACAAAGAAAAUGGGGGGAAAGUUUAUGAUAGCUGUCAUCUGGCAAAGAUUAACAAUGGACCACAAUUGGAUAAAUAAAAGGCCAAAUUAUGACUAAGGCUAUCACCCUAAUAACUGUCCUGCCAACUCCUAGGGUUUGUUGAAGUUUUGUGAACAACUAUAAAAGGCAGGGCAAAGUGGCAUUCAAAGACCUCGAGCUUUUUGGCUUCCUUCUACUGAGCAGCUUCUGCCAUUGUGUCUUGGAACUUUCCCUCGGGAAAGGUAGUACAGAUCAUCUCCCCCUAGCUUUACUAGGAUGACACCAUCUAAUCACUGUCUUCUGUGGCUUCUCUACUGCCCUGUAUUAAGGGAGGAAAGAAGACUUUUUCUUAAUGAAGAAAAUGUGAAAAAUCGGUAGUCCACUGCUCGGUGUGCUGCUGAAAGUGAUGAGGGGAGAGUUGCAAUGUCUUUCUGUCCACUUCUUCUCUGGUUCCUUGGGCUUGGAGGGGGUCUGCCUUUGAGCAGCUUGACCUCCUAUGCAUGAAACGGUGAAGAAAAUGCAGACGAUCCUCAGCAGCUCUGUCUUUGUCCAACCUGCAGCUUUGCUGUCCUUCAACAUGUCUUGACAUUCUGCUCUUAUGACCGAUUUGAAUAUGAAGUCCUUAAAGUUGUACCAUCUGAAUUUGUCAUGCAGACUUUUGUUUACAUCGCUGCACAUAGAGACUAAACGUGAGACCUUCUCCAGAGCCAGUGAGAUACUGUGCAAAUGUUGUAGUUACUGCCGCUUCCAUGUCCUGGGAGGUUGAAUUUGACAUCAGAAUGCUUUUGUAACUCAGCCUUUGCUAGGGUUCAGUUAUUCUGACCCAUGGCAAAUAGAGGAGUGUAUUCUUUGCAUGAUAUGACUAACUUUUCCUGAUUCACAGUUUGACCCUGGAAUUGUCAUGGAUCUCACUGUAUGUCUUGCUUUUUACAUAUCUCUAUAAAGAAUGGUCCUUAGGUAUGGAAUUUGAAUGCAGGUGCUAGACACUCCUGUAGGUGCUUAUCGGUAAUCUAUUUAAACUGGAUAAAACUAGGGUUGAGUAUGUUGUGAAUUGGAAAGAAGGCAACUUGAAAUGUUAAGUGAUGCAGGGAUUCAUUGCAUUUAUAAAGAAGCUGUGCCAUGCUGCCCAGUGGUCACAGCCCCAAAGA